AUGACAGAAGAGGACCCCCUCAACCUCAAACAAUAUAAAAUCGAAAUAACCGAACAAAAACGAAAUUGGGUCCCAAGUUUCAGCGAUGACGAGAAGCUCAAUGGAUUCUAUAAAGAGCAAAAUGAAAUGAUCCAAGGUUUUCUCUCCAGCGGCGACGAAGAACGCCUCAAAGCCGAAGAUGAAGCCCAGAACGGCGGCAAAGUAAAACUUGCCGUGCGCGCCAGUUUCGUUGUCAAUUUCUGCCUUUUCGUUAUCCAACUUUAUGCUGCCAUCUCUACCGGAUCCCUAGCCCUCUUUGCCACCGCCGCAGAUGCCUUCAUGGAUCUCGUCUCAUCGAUCGUUAUGCUGGUCACAUCACGCAUGUCCUCUCGACCAAAACCAUACAAAUACCCCGUCGGACGUCGCCGUGUCGAGACCAUGGGCGUGAUCAUGUUCUGUGCCUUGAUGACCAUCGUGGCAAUUGAGCUGAUCAUCGAAUCGGCGAAGUCGCUUGCCGGCGGUAAGACAGAAUCGGACCAGUUGAAACUUGUGCCCAUCAUCUGUGUGGGUGUUGCUAUCUUCUCGAAGUUUUGUUUGUUCCUGUAUUGUUACAGUUUGCGCCGGUACCCGGCGGCACAUGUCUUCUAUAUAGACCAUCGCAAUGAUCUUGCUGUUAACGGAUUCGGAUUGAUCAUGUCUAUUGUUGGUGAUCGAUUCGUUUGGUACCUUGAUCCUGUUGGCGCUUGCUGUAUUGCACUGUUGAUUUUGUUCUCAUGGGCUUCGACAGCCUUUGAGAACAUGUGGUUGAUUGUGGGCAAAUGUGCGCCUCGUGAAUUUGUCAACAAGUGCAUCUAUGUCACUUUGACUCAUGACCAGCGGAUCCAAAAGGUUGAUACGUGCCGUGCCUAUCAUUCUGGUCAGCAGCUCUACGUUGAGGUUGAUAUUGUCAUGGAUCCUGAGACUAAGCUCCGGGAAUCUCACGAUGUGAGCCAGGCUUUGCAACGCAAGCUGGAAGGUCUCGCGGAUGUUGAACGGGCUUUUGUGCAUGUCGAUUAUGACUAUGAGCACGAUAUUAACGAGGAACACCGGCCGCUCUAUGAAAUGGGUGGAUCAAGCCACUCUAUACGAGCUUUAAUUAAGCGGUUAUGGACUAAAAGCCAGAAGCAUGAUCCAGUUGGAGCUGCAGUAUGA